AUGCAGACAAACAUCACUGUGGUAGAAUGGUUCCAGAAAUCCGUGGACGAUGAUUUUGGCCGGAAGAUAGAGCAAUGGAUAGACGCACCUGACUCCUCCAAGAACUAUUUCAAUGCGCUAGAGAAGCACCAGAAGGAUACCUGCUCCUGGUUCAUAAAUGGACCACAAUUUGCCGAUUGGAAGAACCAAGGACUUCCAUUCAUCUGGGUAUAUGGAAUUCCCGGCUGCGGCAAAAGUGUUCUGUAG